UGUAGCAGCCUAUAUCUACUCCAGUGUAUUUCAAUCUAUGUUUUCAAACUGUGUGUUUCAUGUCUGUUAACUUGUGCAAUGUCAACGAACACAGAAGGAAUGGACACACAUCUUAUCGAUGGCCCUGACUCUUACACUCACGAUGACAGCCAUAGUUCAGAGGUACGAUAUUCAGUUUUUGUGAGCCCACAAAGCAAGGGUAAGCGAUCAUUUUGCCAAGAGCCCUUCAAGGUGGCAACAGCAUGCCUAGCUGCCAUCUGUCUCAUCUUACUCAUGGUUGUGAUGGUCAUAAGUAUUCACAAUAAGGGAAGUAUUGCUGUCCAAGAAUCAGCUGGUCAGGAUUCUCCCUCUAGCUCUGCUGAAGCUCACAAACAGAAGGCCUGUAUUAAUGUAACUGAUCUGACUGCAGAAUUGCAGAUGCUGAAGAAAGAGAAGAAUGAUCUGGAGAAAGAGAGUUCGCAUUUGAAGGCCAAAAUUGCUGAGCUAGAGGCAAUCCUUACACCACGAACCACUCCAGCACAAGUGACAGCAAAGAAUUCCUGCCCGAAGGGUUGGAUGCUCUUUAAGAGCAGUUGUUACUUUAUCUCUGUCUUCAGCAGGAGCUGGCUAGAAAGUCAGUCUUACUGCAAACAGAAAGGAGGACACCUGGCCAUCAUCCACACCCCUGAGGAACAGUCUUUUAUAUGGGACCUGCUGCCUCGUGGCCACUGGAACGCUUACUGGUUUGGCAUAAGUGAUGAAAAAGAAGAAGGAGACUGGUACUGGGUGGAUGGAACCAAACUGGUUGGAGGUUUCUGGGAAGAUGGUGAGCCCAACAACCAUAUUAAAGAAGACUGUGGCUACAUGGUGAAAACAGAGGUUUUAAGUCGUGUGGCCACAAAGAGUUGGUAUGAUGCACCCUGUUACAUGUCCAGGCCUUGGAUCUGUGAGAAGGAGGCUACUGAGUCCUCUUGAUCAUCAUCUUCACCACCAUCAUCAACAGACGUUCAUGGUGUGUAACUUGAGGGUGUGUUUUGGCUGUAUACCUGGUCUCAGGGUUUUAAACUUAAAAUAAUUAAAAGUAUACAAAAAAAAAAAAAAACACAA